GAAACAAAACCAAACACAAAGAAGGAAUCAAGGGAAUACAUGGCUUCCAUGAACAACUGGUUGGGUUUCUCACUUUCACCACAAGAGCUUCCUUCACAGUCUCAAAACCAUGUUCAGCCUACCAUCUCUCGUCUUGGAUUCAACUCUGAUGAUAUCUCCGGCACCGAUGAUGUCUCCGGUGACUGUUUCGAUCUUGCUUCAGACUCAACAGCUCCUUCACUUAACAUCCCUAACUUAAGACCAGAUGCACCUUUUGGUAUCUUAGAAGCUUUCAAUAGAACCAAUCACCCACAGUCUCAAGAUUGGAACUUUAAAACAAGUUCAGAGCUUUCUAUGCUCAUGAGAGGCUCAAAUAGUAAUCACAACAUUGAUCAAGUUGAGCCCAAGUUGGAAGAUUUCCUUGGUGGCCAUUCUUUCAACGACCAUGACCAGAAACUUGCUAGGUGCAAUGCCAGUGGAGACUACAUAUUCUCCAACGGUUGUGUUGGUCGUGGUGACACCACCACCACCACCACAAAUAGCAACUCUAUUGGGUUGUCGAUGAUAAAGACUUGGCUGAGAAACCAACCGGCACCGACACAGCCGGAGAACAAGAUCGAAGGAGGUAGUAUCUGUGGUGGGUCACCUGCUGUGGUGGUUAAUAAUGGAACCCUAACGAGUUCUCAAACUCUUUCGUUAUCGAUGAGUACUGGGUCACAGUCGAGUUUGGCUUUGCCGCUCCUUGCAUCUGCCGGUGGAAGCACGAACGGUACCGGUAGUAGCGGUGAGUGUUCCUCUUCAGAAAAUAAGGAGAAGAUAGCAACUGGUCUUGAUGGUCAAACUGGUGCUGUAGAGGCUGUGCCAAGGAAAUCUAUUGAUACGUUUGGACAAAGGACCUCCAUCUACCGGGGUGUAACAAGGCACAGAUGGACUGGUAGAUAUGAAGCUCAUUUAUGGGACAAUAGUUGCAGAAGAGAGGGACAGACCCGUAAGGGAAGGCAAGUCUAUUUGGGAGGUUAUGACAAAGAAGAUAAAGCAGCUAAAGCUUAUGAUUUAGCUGCAUUGAAGUAUUGGGGUACAACCACCACUACAAAUUUUCCUAUUAGCAAUUAUGAAAAAGAGAUUGAAGAGAUGAAGAACAUGACCAGGCAGGAAUAUGUUGCAUCUCUAAGAAGGAAAAGUAGUGGGUUCUCUCGAGGUGCAUCAAUCUAUCGAGGAGUCACUAGACACCAUCAACAUGGAAGAUGGCAAGCUCGGAUUGGAAGGGUAGCAGGGAACAAAGAUCUCUACUUGGGCACAUUUAGCACGCAAGAAGAAGCAGCUGAGGCCUACGAUAUCGCUGCGAUAAAAUUCCGUGGUCUUAAUGCGGUAACAAACUUUGACAUGAGCAGAUAUGAUGUAAAUAGCAUACUUGAGAGCAGCACAUUACCUGUUGGAGGAGCUGCAAAGCGUUUGAAAGAAGCAGAACAGACUGAAACAAUAAUUGUAGAUCAUGGUAGGAGGAGUAAUGAUGACAACAUGAAUUCUCAACUAAUUGAUGGGACUAACAAUUAUGCAGCACACCACGAUGGUUGGCCUACCAUUGCAUUUCCACAAGCUCAACCUUUGAAUAUGUUCUAUGGUCAGCAAAGAGGUUGGUGUAAGCAAGAACAAGAACCAUUAACUACACACAGCUUUCAAGAUCUUCAACAACUUCAAUUGGGCAAUACCCAUAACUUCUUCCAGCCUUCUGUGAUGCACAAUCUCAUAAGCUUGGAUUCGGCGUCUUUGGAACAUAGUUCGGGGUCUAAUUCUGUUAUUUACAGCAGUGGAGGAAACGGCGGCGGCAGUGGAAGUGGUGGUGGUGGUGGUGGGAGUAAUGGUAGUUACCAAGGAGUUUGUGGUGGAAAUGGAAACAGUAGUUGCUAUGUGUUGCCUAUAAGUACAGUGAUAUCUGAUCAAAGUAAUCAUAAUCAAGGAAGUUGUUUUGGGGAUAAUGAUAUUAAGCAACAAUUGGGAUAUGAAAUUGCUGAUCCAUUCCAAACUCGAAAUUUGUAUUAUCUUUCACAACAACAGUCACAAGGAAUGAAGGUUCAUGGGUAUGAUCAGAACUCAAAUUGCAAUAACUGGUUGCCCACUACUGUACAGACUCUUGCACCUAGGUCUAACAAUCUCAGUGUUUGUCAUGGAGCUCCAGUAUUCUCAGUAUGGAAUGAAACUUGA